AACUCCAACUCCCAUGAUUCAACUCUGAGCAACUGUCUGCGUAGUUGUUUGUAGCUCCAAGCGACGCCAGUUGCUUUAGCUUUAGCCAUCAUUGAAUGACUUUGUCCCCCUGUGCAGCAGCAGGGUAUAGAAAGGUGGCUAUUUGACAGGUCGGGAGCAUUAUCGGAGCUAAUGGAGGCCCUCAUUCCUGUCAUUAACAAACUGCAGGAUGUGUUUAACACGGUGGGCGCGGAUAUCAUCCAACUGCCGCAGAUAGUUGUUGUGGGAACUCAGAGCAGUGGGAAGAGUUCAGUUUUAGAGAGCCUGGUGGGCAGAGACAUCCUGCCACGUGGAACUGGCAUCGUCACACGCCGGCCUCUUAUCUUGCAGCUAGUGCACAUCGAUCCAGAGGACCGCAGGAAAACCAAUGAAGAGAAUGGCAUCGACGGAGAAGAAUGGGGCAAAUUUCUACACACCAAAAACAAGAUCUACACAGACUUUGAAGAGAUCAGGCAAGAAAUCGAAACGGAAACAGAAAGGAUUUCCGGCAUUAACAAGGGUAUCAGUGAUGAACCCAUUCACCUGAAAAUCUUCUCCCCACACGUUGUGAACCUCACAUUGGUGGACCUUCCUGGCAUUACGAAGUUGCCAGUGGGAGACCAGCCCAAAGACAUAGAGGGUCAGAUCAGAGAACUGAUCUACAAAUACAUCUCCAACCCCAACUCCAUCAUCCUGGCUGUGACUGCUGCAAAUACAGACAUGGCAACCUCAGAGGCCCUUAAAGUAUCCCGCGACAUUGACCCUGAUGGCAGGAGGACGCUAGCAGUGGUGACCAAGCUGGAUCUGAUGGACGCCGGCACAGAUGCCAUGGAUGUAUUAUUGGGCAGGGUCAUUCCUGUCAAACUGGGCAUUAUUGGAGUAGUUAACAGGAGUCAGUUGGAUAUCAAUCAGAAGAAGUUGGUGGCAGAUGCCGCCCGUGAUGAAUAUGCCUUCCUACAAAAGAAGUAUCCCUCCCUUGCAAACCGAAAUGGUACCAAAUAUCUCGCCAGAACAUUGAACAGGUUACUCCUGCACCACAUCAGAGACUGUCUCCCCGAGCUGAAGACGAGGAUCAACGUGCUGGCAGCGCAGUACCAGUCGUUACUCAACAGCUACGGUGAGCCUGUGGAGGACAAGAGCUCCACGCUGCUGCAGCUCAUCACUAAGUUUGCCGCAGAGUACUGCCACACCAUAGAGGGCACGGCCAAGUACAUCGAGACCACUGAACUAUGUGGUGGAGCAAGAAUCUGUUAUAUAUUUCAUGAAACCUUUGGUCGCACUUUGGAGUCUGUGGACCCUCUGGGAAAUCUGACUACCAUUGAUGUGCUCACAGCUAUCAGAAAUGCUACGGGCCCGAGGCCUGCUUUAUUCGUGCCUGAGGUUUCGUUUGAGCUGCUGGUGAAGCGGCAGGUGAAGCGCCUGGAGGAGCCCAGCCUGCGCUGCGUGGAGCUGGUUCACGAGGAGAUGCAGAGGAUCAUCCAGCACUGCAGCAACUACAGCACGCAGGAGUUACUGAGGUUUCCAAAGCUCCAUGAUGCCAUAGUAGAAGUGGUCACCUCGUUACUCAGAAAGAGACUCCCAGUCACCAACGAAAUGGUUCACAACCUGGUGGCCAUCGAGCUGGCUUAUAUCAACACUAAGCAUCCUGACUUUGCCGACGCCUGUGGCCUCAUGAACAAUAACAUAGAGGAGCAGAGACGCAACAGAAUGAGAGACCUGCCCUCUGCUGUCCCCAGAGACAAGUCCCUUAAAGGCCCGGGUGGGCAGUCUCUCUCUCCCUCUGAGCCUCACGCCCUCGAGGGCGAGGCCGCCAAGGCAGCAGCCGGCGGCUCUCAGAGCGGCGAGCAGACAGACGGCGGGACGGGGAACUGGAGGGGGAUGAUCAGGAAGGGAGACGAGGGAGCAGCGGGAGAGAGAGCCGGGCUGCAGCACUCGUAUCCAUCAAGCCCUCAUAAGGGAUACGCUGUCAACCUGCUCGAUGUGCCUGUUCCAGUUUCCAGGAAGUUGUCUGCCCGGGAGCAGAGGGACUGUGAGGUCAUCGAGAGACUCAUCAAGUCCUACUUCCUUAUUGUGCGGAAAAACAUCCAGGACAGUGUACCGAAGGCGGUGAUGCACUUCCUGGUGAACCAUGUGAAGGACAGCCUGCAGAGUGAGCUGGUGGGUCAGUUAUACAAGGCGGGCCUGCUGGACGACCUGCUGACAGAGUCCGAGGACAUGGCUCAGAGACGCAACGAGUCCGCUGACAUGCUCAAGGCUUUGCAGAAAGCCAGCCAGGUGAUCGCAGAGAUCAGAGAAACCCACAUGUGGUGAGGGCGGCCGCUCUUCAUCCCUCCCGGACCCUCCUCCUCCUCGCUCUCCUUGCUCCUCAGAGACGAACAACAUGAUAAUGCACUGGUGUGGAUAUGUGUAUAUGGAAACAUAGUUUAAACUUACAGUAAAGACUUGGAUUUAAUAAAGGGCAGUACAUAUCAGCGCCUCAAUGUCAGCAACACACAUGCUUCUGUCUUAGAUUAUUAUAUUUUUCUUAUGUAACUGAACCAAUAAAUAAAUAAAUAGAUCAUGUAAAGCAUCACCACUAUGUGGAGCCCUGCUGAAGAAUGUCUGCUCUUAUUGUAGAUCUGAAUUAAAGCUGGAACUGAUAAACCCAUGCUGCGACAUCUAGACGCUGUCUUUAUCAUGUCCAUUCUCUAUUUAUUUAUUGACAAAAUAAUGUCUACUGCUGAUUGCUCAAAAGAAAUGCACUUAAUUUCGAUUUAAAACAGUUUUAAUUUAAUGUAGACAUUCAACUGUUCAACAUCAGAUCCAUUUUGUCCCUUUGUUCACAUGUUUCAACACGCUCUCGUACACAUUUUUAGCGGUUUAGCUACUUUAAAAAGUGUUUCUAAACAAUUCAUGCUGCUGAAGUAUUUGUAUAAAUGUGUUAUGGUACAGUAUGCUGGACUUAUUCACACAGAAACAAUCUGCAUAGUUUGCAGGGAGGCAGCAGAGGGGAUGUAAUGAUUUAUUUAUUGUUUUAUGAUAAUUGACAUGUAACCCAACACAACAGAACAAUGAAUACACAAAUAAUGGACACAUCGGCCAAUCACUGGUGUCUGCCUCGCCCUCCUCCGGCGGCUCCUUUACCUCAGCCGGCCGCCCAGCUUGCCCUUUCCACGACCUUUGGCACUGAAAGGAUGCAGGGAGAGAUUAAAGCCAAAUACCAAACACUGCUAUCAGUGUGAUGCCACAAGUGAAGGUGAUUUGAUUGCAAAUGAAAACACAAAACAGUGAACGGGGUGUGUUUUUGAUGAGACAGUAUUGAUGGUUAAUACAGACCUUUAUAUAUAUGAGGCUUAAAGUGUUUGUUAUGCGAAUGAGAAUGCAAAUAAAAGUAACGUUUA